CCAUUGAAUAACACAGUGUUUAUGUCUCUGUGUCCCUCAGCCCAGGAAGCGAUGGAGGUCUCCUGCUCUCCUGUCAUUAUAGACAACACCAACAUGCAGGGCUGGGAGAUGAAACCCUACGUGGCUAUGGCCCUGAGGUAUAACUACAAGGUUUUGUUCCGGGAGCCUGGUACCUGGUGGAAGAACAAACCCAGGGAAUUGGAGAGACGUACUAGGCACAGUGUUAAAGCAGAGAAGAUCCGUCGAAUGAUGGAUAAUUAUGAUCGUCACGUGACCAUUCACUCCAUCAUGGGGAGCUCUCGCCCCAAACUACCACCGCAUCAGGAGGCCAAACUACCCCCCCAACAGGACCCAAGCCCACCCCAUCAGGAGGCCAAACUACCCCCCCAUCAGGACCCAAGCCCACCCCAUCAGGAGGCCAAACUACCCCCCCCAUCAGGAGGCCAAACUACCCCCCCAACAGGACCCAAGCCCACCCCAUCAGGAGGCCAAACUACCCCCCCAUCAGGAGGCCAAACUACCCCCCCAUCAGGAGGCCAAACUACCCCCCAUCAGGAGGCCAAACUACCCCCCAACAGGACCCAAGCCCACCCCAUCAGGAGGCCAAACUACCCCCCCAUCAGGACCCAAGCCCACCCCAUCAGGAGGCCAAACUACCCCCCCCAUCAGGAGGCCAAACUACCCCCCCAACAGGACCCAAGCCCACCCCAUCAGGAGGCCAAACUACCCCCCCAUCAGGAGGCCAAACUACCCCCCCAUCAGGAGGCCAAACUACCCCCCCAUCAGGAGGCCAAACUACCCCCCCAACAGGACCCAAGCCCACCCCAUCAGGAGGCCAAACUACCCCCCCAUCAGGAGGCCAAACUACCCCCCCAUCAGGAGGCCAAACUACCCCCCCAUCAGGAGGCCAAACUACCCCCCCAACAGGACCCAAGCCCACCCCAUCAGGAGGCCAAACUACCCCCAAACAGGACCCAAGCCCAACCCAUCAGGAGGCCAAACUACCCCCCAACAGGACCCAAGCCCACCCCAUCAGGAGGCCAAACUACCCCCCCCAUCAGGAGGCCAAACUACCCCCCCAACAGGACCCAAGCCCACCCCAUCAGGAGGCCAAACUACCCCCCCAUCAGGAGGCCAAACUACCCCCAACAGGACCCAAGCCCACCCCAUCAGGAGGCCAAACUACCCCCCAUCAGGACCCAAGCCCACCCCAUCAGGAGGCCCAAGUCCUCAGACAAGGCCCUCCGCGACCUGGUAGGAGAGCAGCGAUUGGUCCAGGGCUCUGAGAGGUCCUGCCCCCAGCUCUUCUCCUCGCUUCCUGACGUGUCGUCGGUCGGCCUCUCCGGGAGACCCGUAACCCCGGGUCACAGCUCUGCCCACGGGUCCACAGAGUCCCUCUCCCUCAGUGAAAAGCACUCGGAAAAACACGGAAUUCCGGACGAGGAGGAGGAUAUUCUUGAUUUAGGAGCGCUGGUCUCUGAACCGGACACACAGUUGCAACCGGAGGAGGACGAGGGGAAAAGGGGGGAGGAAGAGGAAGAGGGAGAGGGAGAGACAAGGAUUCCCCACUGUCUGGUGGGUUCUGUGUUUAGUGCAGAUCGCGACGAUGGUGACGACGAGAGGCCCGUGGCUUUCUCCGAGUCGAUUGGUCAGAGGGUGAGGAAAGAGAGGAAGAGCAGAACUAGGAAGACGGACUCUGAUAGGCUGGAGCGUGCUGACAUAGCGAAGGACGCUAGCCAUUCAGGGGUGAGGGGUGGGGGAGAGAGGGUGAGGCCUGAGUUGUUGGAGUUUGUUGGAGACUGGCCUUCAGAGGAGGUACUGGAGCAAAGAAGAAGAAGAGGAGGAGGAAGGAAUGGGAAGCGCCCUGGGAGGGAGGAAGAGGGAGGUGGUGAGGGGGAGGAGGCAGGUCCCAGAGGCAGCCAAUCAGAAGGGCUUCCUGGUAGCGGGCCUCAUGUCACAGAGUUCCAGAAGCUUCUAGAGCUCUUACAGACAGGUGUUGACUCCCACCCUCUGCCCACCUGCCCUUCCCCCCAUCCUCUCCCCCUUCUCCCCGAGCUCACACCAUUCAGUUGGAGGAGAAGGAGGAGAGAGGGGGGGGGGACGACUCGGGGUUUAGUUGAGGAAGACUUGGUGGAGGUAGAGGGAAGCCAUCCUGGUAAGGUAGAUCGAGGCCAUGUUGGUGAGGUCAGUCAGUGUACUGAUGCUAGUGAGACCAGGAUGGAAGGUGAAGUCGGCCAUCUUGGUGGGGGCAGUCAGUGUGCUGAUAGUGACAGCCAUAUUGGUGAGGGCAGUGAGGAAGCUGGUGAAGACAGCCAUGUUGGUGAGGUCAGUCAGUGUACUGAUGCUAGUGAGACCAGGAUGGAAGGUGAAUUCGGCCAUCUUGGUGGGGGCAGUCAGGAGCGGAAGCAGCAGCAGCAGAGUCGCAGGGCGGGGAAACAGUGCAAACUGGCACUCACCUUCACAAACAACACCCCUCCCUCCCCCAAACCACAGAUAGACCUCGCCCCUGACCUUGACCCUGACCUUGACCCUAAUCUCGACUCUGACCUUGCCCCUAAUCUCGACUCUGACCUCGCCCCUAAUCUCGACUCUGACCUUGCCCCUAAUCUCGACUCUGACCUUAACCUUAACCCCGACCUUAACCCUGACCCUAACCUCAACCCUGACCUUAACCCUGACCUUGACCCUAACCUCAACCCUGACCUCGACCCUAACCUCAACCCUGACCUCGACCCUAACCUUAACCCUAACCUCGACCCUAACCUUAACCCUAACCUCAACCCUAACCUUAACCUUGACCCUGACCUCAACCCUGACCUUAACCCUGACCUUGACCCUAACCUCGACCUCAACCCUAACCUUAACCUUGACCCUGACCUCAACCCUGACCUUAACCCUGACCUUGACCCUAACCUCGACCUCAACCCUAACCUUAACCUUGACCCUGACCUCAACCCUAACCUUAACCCUAACCCCCACCGCCCCUCCCCUCCUCCGUCAUUGGCCGACACAGAUCGCUCCUCCCAGACCGACCCGCAAGACUUCGCCUUCCUCUGGCGUCUCGACCACAGUCGUCGCGACGACCCAACCGACGCCUCGGGAGACCGCUUUCCCGCUAACGACACCCUCGUCGUUCUCCACGGCAACCCUUCCCGUUUCCUCCCGGAGGUAUCGGCUGCGGUCUCGGCGGGCGUCGCGGUUAACCCUUCCGGCCAGCGAGUGGUGCCGUACCGCGUGACGCACGAGAAGGGGAACCAGGUGGAGGAGAGGGAGCUGGAGGAGGGACGGACCAGGCAGCAGAACCUCUUCAUUCUCAGACGCCAUUUUAAACUGGUCAACAGAGAGACACUGGACGACCUCUAUGACAAGUGUCAGCAGGACCUGGAGUGGACCACUAAUCUGUUGCUAGACUCUGGAGAGAGACUGUUCCUAGAGGAGGAAGAGGAGGAUGAAGAAGAAGAAGAGGGUGAUGAAGAUCUGGACAUGGCCGAGGCUGUGUGUCCGGAGGACGGGACGGAGAGACGGAUUACACCUCCAGGAGAGCAGGCUUCGGCCUCCAGCUGUUCUGAUAGUGAGACGUUUGGAAGAGGGAAGGAGGAAGAGGAAGCGCGGAGGACAGGGGAACGAGUGGACGAAGGGUUAAAGUGGGUUAGCGGACCGAACCAUCCUGUGUCUCGGGGCCGGGGCGGCGGCACAGAGGAGGGAAACACCCACUUGGGAGAGCAGGAAGUGGUUCGGGACUCGGAGAACGGAGGGAGCGCGGAGCAGUGGGAGAAAUGGGAGAGGGAGGAGGAGGGAGACGAGGUGACCCAGUCGCUCCUAGCCCAGCUGGAGGAGAUGGAGAGGAGAGAGGAAGAGGAGGAGGAGAGGAAGGAGAAGAGGAGGAAGAGACUCUUGGAUAUACAGAAUGUUGAACUGAAGCUGCCAGCAGAACUGGCCCUGCAACUGGCUGAGCUGUUUGGACCUGUUGGUGUCCUACCAGGUAUGUGUUCCCAUGAUGACUACGCUGUGAAGAUGGAUCUCAACAUGGCCAAACUGCUGCACCAGAAAUGGAAGGACACUGUCCAGGAGAAGCAGAGACAAGCAGCACUCUCCUACCAUCUACUACAAGAGAGCUCUGUCCACUGGGGCGAAUCGCAGACGUCCAAAACCGGGCUCAGGGACGGGUCACGCCCGGCUCACUUCCUGAUUGGUUCGGACGGCUUUGCGUCUCUGAGCGGCCAAUCAGAGGCUCAGGAUGAGUUGCCAAUCGUGGACCACUGGACUAUGUCCCGCCCCCACGUCUCUCUCAGAGACGUCAUGGCUGAAGAACGGGCUCUACAGGAGAAGAUGGAGAGGUCUCGUGGAAGUGGUGUCGACAGGAGAGAUGGAGCCGCCAUGUUGAAGGAGUCUCAGCUCUUUGACCUGUUCCCCAGCAUAGACAGACACUUCCUACAGGACAUCUUCAGAGACCACAAUUACUGUCUGGUGCAGACGGAGCAGUUCCUGAGGUCUAUGUUGGACGAGGGCCCUGUGAGAAACGUUGUGGCCCCAGAACACACACCACGUACACACAGCAAGGACCGAGACAAGAGGCGUGCAGCAGCAGCAGCGCCAGCGGCCCCUCCACAGUCCCUCUCUCAGUACCAGGAUGUUGAGGACCCAGAGUAUGAGGACUUCAGAGCCGAGGCCAGGCUCCAGAAAGGCAAACAGCUGGAGAGCUUCAGCAAGGCUGCGGAGGCUUACAAACAGGGACGCAAAGACGUGGCCUCAUACUACGCUCAACAGGGUCAUCUCCAUGGUCAGAAGAUGCAUGAAGCUAAUCACCGUGCAGCGGCCCAGAUCUUUGAGCGGGUCAACUCCUCCCUGCUGCCUCAGAACGUUCUAGACCUCCACGGACUGCAUGUCGACGAGGCUUUACUCCACCUGUCACAGGUGUUAGAGAGGAAGACCACAGAGUAUCAGCAGGGUGUGUGUGGGUCUCAGCUGUCAGUGAUAACAGGAAGAGGGAACCACAGUCAGGGAGGAGUGGCUCGUAUCCGCCCUGCCGUCACAGACUACCUCCACACACAGGGCUACAGGUUUACUGAGCCUAAGCCAGGUCUGAUGUUGGUGUGUCUGAACUGAGAUGAAGCUGGUCAUGUGACUGACUGUCCUUAUCAAGACACUAAUCUCUCCUCCCCUGGAAUCUACCUCUACCACUUCCUCUCUCACAUACACAAGAAACACACUCUCUCUCUCUCUCUCUCUCUCUCUCUCUCUGUCUCUCUCUGUCUCUCUCUCUGUCUCUCUCUCUGUCUCUCUGUCUCUGUCUCUGUCUCUAUCUGUCUCUCUCUCUCUCUCUCUGUCUCUGUGUCUCUCUGUCUCUGUCUCUCUCUCUCUGUCUCUCUCUCUGUCUCUCUCUCUCUGUCUCUCUCUCUCUGUCUCUCUCUCUGUCUCUCUCUCUGUCUCUCUCUCUCUCUCUCUCUCUCUCUCUCUCUCUCUCUCUCUCUCUCUCUCUCUCUCUCUCUCUCAUAUUUUAAUUAUUUUAAUAGCUGCCAAAGAAAACGUCUUAACCUCCUUUUUAUGUCUUCACUGUUGCCAGUUUUGUACAAUAUUUGUGUUUUUGAAUGAAACUUUAUCAGGAUUUUACAAACGAUGACAGGAGCAAGAGUUCAUUUAAAUUAGAUUAAAUGUAGAUAUUAAAUGUUGACUUUUAAAAUACAUUAACACAGUUCUACAUUUUAUAAAACCAUAAUCAAACUAAGUGUAUAUAAUAUAAUCUUAACGUGAUGUUUCUGUAAUGGUGAAUGUGUGGUGUUAUGUACAUUUUAAUAUAGACCAGUUAAUCGGAACAGUAUUGACCUUGAUAUCAGGGUUUGAUUUCUGGCCCGUUUAUACUUUGGAACAGAAGGGAUUUCUGGGCCGUUUAUACAUUAGAUCAGAAGUGAUAUCUGGCCCGUUUAUACAUUAGAUCAGAUGUGAUAUCUGGGCCGUUUAUACAUUAGAUCAGAAAGAGUAUUGACCUGGAUAUUGGGGUUUGAUAUCUGGGCCGUUUAUACAUUAGAUCAGAAGGGAAUAUCUGGCCCGUUUAUACAUUAGAUCAGAUGUGAUAUCUGGGCCGUUUAUACAUUAGAUCAGAAGUGAUAUCUGAGCCGUUUAUACAUUAGAUCAGAAGUGAUAUCUGGCCCGUUUACACAUUAGAUCAGAUGUGAUAUCUGGCCCGUUUACACAUUAGAUCAGAUGUGAUAUCUGGGCCGUUUAUACAUUAGAUCAGAAGGGAUAUCUGGCCCGUUUAUACAUUAGAUCAGAUGUGAUAUCUGAGCCGUUUAUACAUUAGAUCAGAAAGAGUAUUGACCUGGAUAUUGGGGUUUGAUAUCUGGGCCGUUUAUACAUUAGGUCAGACGGGAUAUCUGGCCCGUUUAUACAUUAGAUCAGAAGUGAUAUCUGGCCCGUUUAUACAUUAGAUCAGAAGUGAUAUCUGGCCCGUUUAUACAUUAGAUCAGAUGUGAUAUCUGGCCCGUUUAUACAUUAGAUCAGAAAGUGUAUCGACCUGGAUAUUGGGGUUUGAUAUCUGGGCCGUUUAUACAUUAGAUCAGAUGUGAUAUCUGGGCCGUUUAUACAUUAGAUCAGAAGUGAUAUCUGUCCGUUUAUAAAUGAGAUGAAAAGUGAUCUAAUUUGGAACGUAAUCUGAAGAAUGGGUGAUGCUCCGAUUUUAAAAAGUGAUUGUGUGAAGCCCAAAUUAUAUCCUAAUCCCUAUGUAGUGCACUAUCUCAUCUCAGUUAUUAAAUGACCCAGAAACACUGGCCCACUAUUCUCUCUAUAGGGAAUCCAAAUGGCCCACUAUUCUCUAUAUAGGGAAUCCAAAUGGCCCUCUAUUCU